GUCGAAAUUUAUCAUCAACCACUUACCCAUCAAUACUCACACUCGCGCGAUUCAGAUAAUAGCCCGACUACCUGCGCUCCCAAAAGCAUCGCCGCUCAACCACAGUAAUUCCACGCCACUAAGCGUCGCACUCUACAAGACAUAUAACACAAUGAUCUCCAGCAGAUUUAUGGGAGGAAACAUCCUCCGACAAGCCUCCAGGACAGCCUGCCGCGCACCGGCGCACUCGAUCGCCGCGCCCACCCUCCUCAGACAGCUUCAGGCGCAGCAGCAGCGACGGCUGCUGACGUCCGAGGUGCGCCAGGCCAUCGACAAGGCGGUUGCGUCGGCGCCCGUGGUCCUCUUCAUGAAGGGCACGCCCGAGACCCCCCAGUGCGGCUUCUCUCGUGCCAGCAUCCAGAUCCUCAGCAUGCAGGGCGUCGACCCGGAAAAGUUUGCCGCCUACAAUGUCCUUGAGGACCAGAGCCUGAGGGAAGGCAUCAAGGAGUACUCGGAGUGGCCCACCAUCCCCCAGGUCUACAUCGACAAGGAGUUCGUCGGCGGCUGCGAUAUCCUCGUCUCGAUGCACCAGAGCGGCGAGCUCGGCAAGAUGUUGGCCGAGAAGGGCGUCCUUGUCAAGGGACAGGAGGGCGAGGCUGAUAACAAGUCGGAGUAGAGAGGCAAAGGAGGUGUUUUUUUUUGUUCGCCCAUGGAAAGGGAGGAGAGGGGAGGGAAAAGGAAGUGUACAACAAUGUGUUACGUGAGGAGCGGGGAAUGAUGCGGUUAUUUGCCAAAGAAACGCCCAUCACAAUGAAUAUGUACGAGUCUACUUUCUUGUCGUGUGCUGAUAUAUGUAUAUAAAAAUACCUUAGAUAUAAUCCGUUCGGUUCCAAGCUAAGACUACAUAUGAACAACACCAUAGCCAAUACUACUUAUUCAUGGACC